UAUGCCUUUGAAAAACAUUUCAAGCUAUAUCACUCCCUUUCGUCAGUUCCCAGUCAACAUUCAUAGAAAUCGAACGUACUCGGUAUAAGUUCUAAGGACGCAAAAUUAAAUGUUCUUUCGGCCAACAGAGAAGAAUGCAUUCAAAUCGAGUUCUUCGUAUCCGAAAACGCCAUUCUUGGCCAAAACUGGGAAAAUGUGAGGUCCGUCGUACAUUUUGCACAUUCGAUAAGAAAUCGCUGGUGAAUAUGCAGGCGGAAGGAGCGGACAACCUAACAAAAAAUGAGGCAAACGGAAAACCAAUUAAAGUUAAACCGGAGGUACCCCCGAAACCAAAGCGAAAGGCGAAUCUGGUGGUUACAGAAAACCAAGAGAUAGUACCACCACCAGAGAUCAAGAACGAAGCAACGAUAACAUCAAAACAAGAGGUUAAACCAGAGGUAAUGCCACAGAUAAAACCUGAGGUUAUUAUGAAGAUUAGACCGGAGGUUAAGUCGCUGUCCAAGCCAGAAGUUAAAGAAGGUCCGUUCCGUAAGUCAGAACCAGGGCAAAAACCGUUGGAUUAUUCCAGAGUUAUACCACCAGCUAACCGAGAGUUUUUUCCAGUGGCCAAUCCUGAGGUUAAGUCGCAGACAAAACCAAAUGUUAUACCUCCAACCAAAUCUAGGGUUAUAUUGCAUACCAAAACAAGGGUUGUAAAGCAGACCAGUCACGUUGUUAUUCAAAUGCAAGGAAAUAGAGUUGAAGGAGAAGCUAAACCAAUCCCAAAGAUUAUGCUUCGACUUCAGGCUACUUUACAGGUUAGAAGAGUGACUGCUACUAUUACUAUGACAGAGAAUAAACCUAAACCAGCUACUGAACCAGAGAUUAUAAGACAGACUGGUGGGGCUGGUAUUUUAACGCCUGAGCCUAGAGUGGUACCAAACCAAGACAUGGACAUUAAACUCCAUCCUAUAUCAAAUUUUAUACCGUUUUGCGAAACAAAGGUUAAAAUGCAGUCUCAAGACUUGGCUAUCUCUAAAGCAGAAAAUGAAUCUAGAGCAGCUGCUAUACCAGAAGUUAUAAGGCAGACUGCCAAAGCUAAUAUUCCUAAACCAGAAGCUGAGCCGAACCAAGAGAUGAAUUUUUAUCCCCAGGCUAUACCAAGCAAACCAGAGGUUAUAAUGCAGUCUAAAGAGGUUAUCUUUAAGACAGGCAAUGAAUCUGAACAAAGAGCUGAACCAAUUCAAUGGAAGGCAGAAAAUAAGAUAAAAUCAGAAGGUAAAUUAAAGCAAGAGGUAAUUUUUAAACCACAGGCUAUACCAGAUGCUCUUUCGCCAAGAAAACCAAAGGUUAUAACACAGUCUAAAGAGGUUAUCUCUAAACUAGAGAAUAUAUUUCAACAAAAAGCUGAACCAAGCCAAGAGACUGAUAUCCUGAGGGCAGAGAAUAAUACUAAAUUAGAAGCUAAACUAAACGAAGAGGUUAGUUUUACACCGCUAAGAAAACCUGAGGUUAUAAUGCAGUCUAAAGGGGUAAACCCUAAGUCUGAGAAAACAUUUAAGCUAAAAGGUGAACCCAGUCAGGAGAUUGAUAUCCUAAAGGCAGAUAAUAAGGUUAAAUUAAAAGCUAAAUUAAACGAAGAAGUAUUUUUUAAACCACGGCUUGUAUCAGAUGUUCUCUCACUUACCAAACCAGAGGAUAUAAUGCAGUCUAGAGGGGUUGUUAUCUCUAACAAAGAUAAAUUUAAACUAAAUGCUGAACCAAGCCAUGAGACUGAUAUCCUAAAGGCAGAGGAUAAGUUUAAUUUGGAAGCUAAAUGGAAUAAAGAAGUAUUUUUUAAGCCACGGUUCAUACCAGAUGUUCUUUCGCUUACCAAACCAGAGGUUAUAAUGCAGUCUAACGAGGUUAUCUUUAAGACAGGCAAUGAAUCUGAACAAGGAGCUGAACCAAUUCAAUGGAAGGCAGAAAAUAAGAUAAAAGAAGGUAAAUUGAAGAAAGAAGUAAUUCUUAAACCACAGGGUAUACCAGAUGUUCUUUCGCUAAGAAAACCAAUGGUUACAAUGCAGUCUAAUGAGGUUAUCUCUAAACUAGAUAAUAUAUUUAAACAAAAAGCUGAACCAAGCCAAGAGACUGAUAUCCUGAGGGCAGAGGAUAAUACUAAAUUAGAAGCUAAACUAAACGAAGAAGUUAGUUGUACACCGCUAAAAAAACCUGAGGUUAUAAUGCAGUCUAAAGGGGUAAACCCUAAGUCUGAGAAAACAUUUAAGCUAAAAGCUGAACCAAGUCAGAAGAUUGAUAUCCUAAAGGCAGAGAAUAAGACGAAAUUAGAAGCUAAAUUUACUAAAUUUAACAAACCAGAGGAUAUAAUUCAGUCUAGAGGGGUUCUUAUCUCUAAGAAAGAUAAAUUUAAACUAAAUGCUGAACCAAGCCAAGAGACUGAUAUCCUGAGGGCAGAGAAUAAUACUAAAUUUGAAGCUAAAUUAAACGAAGAGGUUAGUUUUACACCGCUAAGAAAACCUGAGGUUAUAAUGCAGUCUAAAGGGGUAAACCCUAAGUCUGAGAAAACAUUUAAGCUAAAAGCUGAACCAAGUCAGGAGAUUGAUAUCCUAAAGGCAGAUAAUAAGGUUAAAUUAGAAGCUAAAUUGAAUGAAGAAGUAUUUUUUAAGCCACGGCUUGUACCAGAUGUUUUCUCACUUACCAAACCAGAGGAUAUAAUGCAGUCUAGAGGGGUUGUUAUCUCUAAGAAAGAUAAAUUUAAACUAAAUGCUGAACCAAGCCAUGAGACUGAUAUCCUAAUGACAGAAAAUAAGUUUAAUUUGGAAGCUAAAUGGAAUAAAGAAUUAUUUUUUAAGCCACGGUUCAUACCAGAUGUCCUUUCGCUUACCAAACCAGAGGUUAUAAUGCAGUCUCACGAUGCUGUUUUCUCUAAGCCAGAGAAUAAAUUUACACUAAACGCUGAACCUAGCCUAAACACUGAUAUUCGCAGGGCAGAAAAGAAUAUUAAUUUAAAAGCUAAAUUAAAUGAAGAAGUAUUUUUUAAACGACGGUUUAUACCAGAUAAUUUCUCGCUUACCAAGCCAGAGGUUAUAAAGCAGUCUAAUGAGGAUGUUUUCUCUAAGAAAAAGAAUAAAUUUAAACUAAGAGCUGAACCAUGCCAAAAGAUUGAUAUCCUCAUGCCAGAAAAUAAAACUACAUCAGAAGCUGAAUUGAACCAAGAGGUAAUUUUUACACCACGGCUAAUACCACAUCUUCUCUCGCUUAACAAACCAGAGGUUAUAACGCAGUCUAAUGAGGUUCUCAUCCGAAAAAAUCAAUUUAAACUUAAAUCCGAGCCAAGCAGACGGACUGAGUUCGUUAGGGCAGAUAAUAAGAUUAAAUUUGAAGCUAAAUUGAACGAAGAGUUGAUUUUUAAACCUUGGCUUAUACCAGAGGUCCUGUCGCUAAGGAAACCAGAGGUUUUAAUGCAGUCUAAAGAGGUUAUCUCCAAGCCAGAAAAUAAAUGUAAGCGAAAAACUGAACCAAGCCAAGAGACUGAUUUCCUCAAGCCAGAAAAUAAAAUUAAAUCAGAAGCUGUGUUAAACCAAGAGGUCAUUUUAAAACAACAGGCUAUACCAAAUAUUCUUCCGCAUAGCAAGCCAGAGGAUAUAACCCAGUCUCAAGAGGUUGCCAUUUCCAACACAGUAAAUAAACCUAAUCAAGAAGCUCAACGAGACCGGGAUGUAAGCGAAAUUUGGGAUAUAUUUAAUGCGACGGGUAUAAUCAAUCCAGAAGAUGAGGCUAAGAUGCGGUCUCAUUUAGAUUCUUACGACUAUUCUGAUGUCGGGAACAUAGAUAUGUCGCCUGAAGAAUCAGAUGAGUUUUUGAAAUGUUAUAAAGCCAGAGCCUAUCUUCGCCAGCGGGACACCGACAGGAUACUCCGUGAAUUGGAGGGGAUGCGCCGUAAUAUGAAAGCUAUCAAUGAGAAUUAUUGCAAAGUUGAAGAAGAAUUGGAUAAGUGGUUUAGUGACAAGGCUCGCUGGGCUCGCGAGUUUCGCCUUUAAAAAAUAAAUUGUUUUCCGU